UGUCCCUUGUCCGUGUUGUCUCUUUGGUUCUAUUGUUGUCCGUUGUCUCUUUGGUUCUAUUUAUCUGUAGUUACUUUGGUCGUUGGCGGUAAAAGUGUAGUUGAAUGCUUUCGGAAUAAUUUUUUCGAUAAAAUGAAGGUUGCUGUGGUUACUGGUGGAAACAAAGGCAUUGGUUUUGCAAUUGCCCGUGGUCUAUGCGAAAAAUUUGAUGGCACUGUGUACCUCACGGCAAGAGAUGAGACACGUGGUCUGAAGGCUAUUGAAGAAUUAAAAAAGAAUGGAUUAAAUCCAAAAUUUCAUCAGCUUGAUAUAGAUAACUUAGAAAGCAUACAAAGAUUUCGGGACUACAUAAAAGAAAAAUAUGGAGGACUUGAUGUACUUGUAAACAAUGCUGCUAUAGCAUAUAAGAAUGCAGCAACAGAGCCAUUUGGCGAGCAAGCAGAAAAUACAGUACGAGUGAAUUAUUUUGGAGUUUUGGAGACAUGUAAAGCAUUGUUUCCUCUGCUUCGUCCUCGUGCUCGUGUUGUCAAUUUGUCAAGUUCAGCUGGGCAUCUUCUGAGAAUCCCUGGAGAGAACCUUAGAAAAAAGUUUGUGGAUCCUAACCUGACUGAAGAGCAGCUUUCAGAACUAAUGAAAGAGUUUGUAGAGUCAGCAAAGAAAAAUACACAUUCUGAAGAAGGCUGGGGCAACUCCGCCUAUGUUGUAUCAAAAGUUGGAGUUACUGCUUUAACUUUCAUACAACAGAGAAAGUUUGACUGUGAUGAGAGACCUGAUCUUGUUGUAAAUGCUGUGCAUCCUGGAUAUGUUGAUACUGACAUGACAAGUCAUAAGGGACCAUUAACCAUUGAAGAAGGUGCUGUUGCACCUUUACAUUGUGCUCUCCUGCCACCUGGAGUAAAAUCACCUCGUGGCAAAUAUAUUUGGUGCGAUAAAAAAGAGGUUGACUGGAUCAGUGGACCAGUUCCGUCACAGUGCUAACUGAUGUGUCUGUUAAAAUGAAAGCAUUGUACUUUGAUUGCAUGAACUAUACUUGCUCAAAAUAUUACCUGCUCUGUUAGGACACACAUUCAUGCUUCUGUUACCCUUCAGUGUAAGAACAAUGUACAAAUGAAAAAAUAAAGUGUUUGGGCAAGUAAUUA